AAAUCCAGGGUUUAUACACAUCGUUGGCCACUAUCCAUUACAGCUCUAAUUGCGGACGUCUCGCUCUUCAGAACGCACGUCUCUCUUCGGUCCAAAAUGGUCAACUGCAGGACCGCAGCUUUGUUUCCGCAGUCAUCACUAUAUGUUCGCUCCAACGUCAGAGAGUUUGGAGAGAAAGAAACAAUAUAUAUCUCCUCUGACUCACUGGAAUAAGCCGAGACACCACAUGCAACCCCGCCUCCUCCUCCACCUCCUUCUCCUUCUCUAGCUGGAAGAAUUGUGACGGCAUUUGGGAAAAGCCAGUGAGAAGAGCUGCGAGGAGCUGCAGUGUGUAUUGGCCACUGCGGUGCUUCAGAAUGGCGGAGGGGGGCGGCAGGUGCAGUGGAUCUGGGAUGCUGAACGGGGACCGCGGGGGAUGGACCAACUAAUCACCCUCCCGCACGUUCUGCCAGCAUCAGAACCACGCCGUGACAGAUCUGGACUUAGGCUAUUCUAUCUUCAGGAAAUAUUAAGACUGCAAUGAACUACACCACUACCAGAUGUAAGGGGAAAUAUAUGCAACACCGUACCUUUUUAGGCUAAUUUCUGAAAUGUUUAAAAUCUGUCUUGAAGACAAAAAUUCGCGUGCUCCUAAUUAAUGAGCUGGUCACAUUUGCUGCGAGCGAGGCGAGACACUAGGCACUAUUGCCAAAUGCCAUCAAUUAAAUACUUUACUUCUACACUAUAACCAAGUAAAGCUAUAGGCUUUACAUUUAAUCGUGACGUAUUAGUGUGUACAUCCGUUGGGCUGUGGAGACAUUAGUGCCCGGGAUGAUUGUAUUGGUUGGUUUUAUCGCCGUCGCGUAACGGUGUCUGUCGGUGUGUGUUCAGAGCCCCGAGCUGUUCCAUGCCGCCUGUCGACACUACAGCAGCCUGCGCGCCUCAGAGCUAACGGAAUAACGGGAUAUAGUACUGUGCUGGGGACUGGAUCGGUGUCGUCGCCGGUGCACCAGAACAGGCCACCUUGCACUCUACCGGCUGGAGAAAAGCACUACAACAUUAAGCAGCGGGUUUCCUCACUAGAAGAUUUGUCAUAUUUUUUUCUCUCUCUUGUUAAACGGAUUGGAACUCCACACUUAUGACAAAUUGGGGGUUAUUCGAUCAUAUGGAGAGAGAGAGGAUCAAUAAUUAUUUCCUCACGUCUUCUUCUUCAUUUUCUUCAUUUUCUUCUCCUUCUUCUUCUUCUUCUCCUUCUCCUUCUUCACCCCUGCAGCACAAGCAAGAAGAACUGUCGAAGACGUUUAUUUUUUCUCUUCUACAGCAUUGGACAAAGAAUGCUGCAUUCUACUGAAUGGACAUGGACAAGAGAGACACAGGAUCCUUGUUGCCACGGAGAAGAACAAGGAGCACAUGAAUAGAUGUAGAUUCAAAGAUGAUCCUAUUCAAGACGUAUUCAAAGGGGACCAGGGAUGACCAAGUGAAAGAGUUGGACCCCUUUACUUUUCUUCCACGGAACAUGGUCUUCCUGUCUGUCCUUUUUGAUAAGGGCCUCUGUUCUUCUUCUUCGUUGGAAAUAACAGACUAUUAUAGGACAACUAUUUGACUUGGUGACAUUGUGUUAUAUGAUUUCAGAAGAUGGGUUCAGACCCCUUCAAGAUCACCUGACCUGAUUGGACCAACCGGAUGUUGGAGGCGCCAACCGACGUCUCUGGCAGGGCAAAACCAGGAACUAUAACAUCUUGAUCCUCUAGAGGGACCUUUUUAAAGUCGCCCCUCUCCCCCCCACUUCCUUCUGGUGGGGGGGAGGGCAUAGCAGUUAGCCUAUCACAGCUCAGGACUUGUCCCUUCAAUAGCCAGUUAGCCUAUCACAACCAGGUCUGGUCCCUUUGUUAGCAAGUUAGCCUAUCACAACUCAGGACUGGUCCCUUUGUUAGCUUGUUAGCCUAUCACAGCUCAGGACUGGUCCCUUUGUUAGCUUGUUAGCGUAUCACAGCUCAGGACUGGUCCCUUUGUUAGCUUGUUAGCCUAUCACAGCUCAGGACUGGUCCCUUUGUUAGCUUGUUAGCGUAUCACCUGUGAGGAUACUGAGACCAGGACCAGACCAGCAGCAUGGAGGCUAGUCAGGGUCACAGCCAGGGCAGCCCAGAGAGCACUAACCGGGCCGUGGAGUACCUCCUGGAGCUCAACAACAUCAUAGAGAGCCAGCAGAAGCUCCUGGACACCCAGAGGCACCGUAUCGAUGAGCUAGAGGUCCAGUUAGACCGCCUGGCCCAGGAGAAUAAAGAUCUACGCCUGGACCGUCAACGACCUUUACCCCCUGAACCCCCACCACCACCUGGCCCCCCGCCACCACCUGCCAACAAAACUAGCCACACCGCCAUACCCUCCGUACCAGUUCGCCCGGUUCAGACCAAGUCCUUUAGUAGUACCAGAACCAACACUACAGCCAUACCCUCCGUACCAGUUCGCCCGGUUCAGACCCAGUCCUUUUAUAGUACCAGUACCAACACUACAGCCAUACCGGCCUCCGCACCCCCGGUACCUGUAUGGGAUAAACACACCCCUCGAACCCCCAAGACCCCCCACCGUACACCCCAAACCCCAAAACAAACCCCCGUCACCACCCAGACCCCCCGCACCCCCCAGACCCCUAAACGAACCCCCCACACCCCGCUGACCCGGACCAUCUCGACCGGAACAGGGACCAGUUUCGUGGAGAUGGAGAAGGAGAGAUUAAACAGGAUGGAGAAAGAGAGGACAGAGAGACUUAAUAGUUCCACCUUGGGAAAUCCCACCAGCCACCCACACAGCCACAGACAGUCAACACCUUAUUCCACCUGUUGCGCUUCUUCUUCUCGUUCCAAUCCUCCUACCACCAGCACCACCACCACCACCGUCACUACUACUACUCCUGUUCCUAGUUCUACCUCCUCCCUCCACAGCAGUCUGACAGCUAACAGUCAGUCCAGCUCCACCCUCCACCAGUACUGUUGCCCUGCCCGGCUGCUCCUGCCCAAGCCGCCUUGCGCCCUCCCCCCAUCCAGGCACUCCGACCAGGCAAGAGAGGACGAAGAUGAUGACAUCGCCCAUCAGUUCUGUUGCCCCGCCUCUGAGUGCAGUAGCCCGUCCUCUAGGUAACCAGCCGAUCACUUGAACCUCCUUCCCGUUUUUUACCCUUGACCUCCAAACAACCUUACGGAGAAAACGCUGAGGGCAACAACUGGACACAACUCGUUGGUCGGGGUUUGAAAAAUAUAUAAACUUUUAAAACGCACAAACCUGGCUGGAGACAAGGCAGGAGCUCAGCUACACUGAACUGUAGUCGGGGACUUGGGGACUGAUCUGGUCUGGACUAUCUCUGGUCUGGACUAGCUCUCGUCUGGACUAUCUCUGGACUGAAUCUUUACAUGCCAGAUUUUACUGUACCUCCCUUCCCUGUCCUUACCAGCAUGUCACCCUUACAACCUUGCCUAACUCCGAAUGACACAAGGCAGUCCUGAUCGGUUGACCCCCUCAGACUCUGACCGUUGAAGUGUAGCGUAGGCAGUCUGAUCUCUGACCUUGGCAGUGUGUGAAGAGAACUCACCUACGGCGCCGGGCCCGGGUCAACUGAUGACGAGACGACGGAAGAAAGAAACAAAACGGAAAAUGAACCCUUUAGAUUCUUUCUGUAGCUCAUAUAUAUCUACUUCCUGUAUACUGCCCUCUAGUGUCUGUAUGCUGUCUCUUUUUACUCCUUUAAAUCUCACUCUUUCUUCUUCAUCUCCUUGUGAACCUUCCUCUUUCCCUCUUAUCGUUCAGUGAGAGAGGACAUGGUGGGUUUAACUCUAUUCUAACCGUACGGGAAAAUAAUGAGAAAUACAUAACAUCUUCCUGAUUCAGUGCCAAGAAAAGCUCUUAGUUUUCAACUCCUUAAACUUUAAAAUAUUGUAAUGUUUUGUGAACAGAAGAGUUAUGCUUUAUGAGCAAAAUAUCUGAAGAAAAAUAUUUAUUUAAAUUAAAACAUAUUUUAGUUAGAUUUCCCUUUUCUCAUUAGAGAAUACCGAAAUGAUAUGGCCCUUUAGUAGUUCGCAGCAUAAACACAUAGAAACAUUAUGUCUGCCCCAAACCCAGUAAGACUCGUAAGUCAACUCAUAUUGAGUGUGAAUAGUAAGCUAUGGCAAGGCCAAGGGAUGGGUGGGGCUAGAAAACGUUACACAUGGGGUUCAAAUCUAAUCAGAACAGGGUAACCAUGGUCUCACACUGAUCCCCAUCCAGACAUUCUGUAAAUAUCGAAAUAGGAACAACCAGCGGCAUUAUAGUUCGCUAGGCGCUACUUCCCCCUACCCCUUACACAGAUAUAGGACACUACCAUAGCGGUGGUUAGAUACAAGGACACUAGCAUAGAGGUGGUUAGAUAUAGGACACUAGCAUAGAGGUGGUUAAAUAUAGGACAAUACCAUAGAGGUGGUUAGAUACAGGACACUAGCACAGAGGUGGUUAGAUAUAGGACACUAGCAUAGAGGUGGUUAAUUACAGGACACUAGCAUAGAGGUUGUUAGAUACAGGACACUACCAUAGAUGUGGUUAGAUGAAGGACACUAGCAUAGAGGUGGUUAGAUACAGGACACUACCAUAGAGGUGGUUAGAUACAGGACACUAGCAUAGAGGUGGUUAGACACAGGACACUAGCAUAGAGGUGGUUAGAUACAGGACACUAGCAUAGAGGUGGUUAGAUGGACACUAGCAUAGAGGUGGUUAGAUACAGGACACUAGCAUAGAGGUGGUUAGAUACAGGACACUAGCAUAGAGGUGGUUAGAUACAGGACACUAGCAUAGAGGUGGUUAGAUACAGGACCCUAGCAUAGAGGUGGUUAGAUACAGGACACUAGCAUAGAGGUGGUUAGAUAUAGGACACUAGCAUAGAGGUGGUUAAAUAUAGGACAAUACCAUAGAGGUGGUUAGAUAUAGGACACUAGCAUAGAGGUGGUUAGAUAUAGGACACUAGCAUAGAGGUGGUUAAAUAUAGGACACUACCACAGAGGUGGUUAGAUACAGGACACUAGCAUAGAGGUUGUUAGAUACAGGACACUACCAUAGAUGUGGUUAGAUGAAGGACACUAGCAUAGGGGUGGUUAGAUACAGGACACUACCAUAGAGGUGGUUAGAUACAGGACACUAGCAUAGAGGUGGUUAGACACAGGACACUAGCAUAGAGGUGGUUAGAUACAGGACACUAGCAUAGAGGUGGUUAGAUGAAGGACACUACCAUAGAGGUGGUUAGAUACAGGACACUACCAUAGAGGUGGUUAGAUGAAGGACACUAGCAUAGAGGUGGUUAGAUACAGGACACUACCAUAGAGGUGGUUAGAUGAAGGACACUGGCAUAGAGGUGAUUAGAUAUAGGACACUAGCAGAGAGGUGGUUAGAUACAGGACACUAGCAUAGAGGUGGUUAGAUGAAGGACACUAGCAUAGAGGUGGUUAGAUACAGGACACUAGAAUAGAGGUGGUAAGACACAGAACACUAGCAUAGAGGUGGUAAGACACAGGACACUAGCACAGAGGUGGUAAGACACAGGACACUAGCAUAUAGGUGGCUAGAUAAGGACAUUAGAGUAGAGAUGGUUAGAUACAGGACACUACCAUAGAGGUGGUAAGAUACAGGACACUACCAUAGAGGUGGUAAGACACAGGACACUAGCAUAGAGGUGGUUAGAUAUAGGAAACUAGCAUAGAGGUGGUUAGAUACAGGACACUAGCAUAGAGGUGGUUAGAUGAAGGACACUAGCAUAGAGGUGGUUAGAUACAGGACACUAGAAUAGAGGUGGUAAGACACAGGACACUAGCAUAGAGGUGGUAAGACGCAGGACACUAGCACAGAGGUGGUAAGACACAGGACACUAGCAUAUAGGUGGCUAGAUAAGGACAUUAGAGUAGAGAUGGAUAGAUACAGGACACUACCAUAGAGGUGGUAAGAUACAGGACACUACCAUAGAGGUGGUAAGACACAGGACACUAGCAUAGAGGUGGCUAGAUAAGGACAUUAGAGUAGAGAUGGUUAGAUACAGGACACUACCAUAGAGGUGGUAAGAUACAGGACACUACCAUAGAGGUGGUAAGACACAGGACACUAGCAUAGAGGUGGUUAGAUACAGGACACUAGCAUAGAGGUGGUUAGAUACAGGACACUAGCAUAGAGGUGGUUAGAUACAGGACACUAGCAUAGAGGUGGUUAGAUACAGGACAAUACCAUAGAGGUGGUUAGAUACAGGACACUACCAUAGAGUUGGUUAGAUACAGGACACUAGCAUAGAGGUGGUUAGAUACAGGACAAUACCAUAGAGGUGGUUAGAGACAGGACACUACCAUAGAGUUGGUUAGAUGAAGGACACUAGCAUAGAGGUGGUUAGAUACAGGACACUAGAAUAGAGGUGGUAAGACACAGAACACUAGCAUAGAGGUGGUAAGACACAGGACACUAGCACAGAGGUGGUAAGACACAGGACACUAGCAUAGAGGUGUCUAGAUGAGGACAUUAGAGUAGAGAUGGUUAGAUACAGGACACUACCAUAGAGGUGGUAAGAUACAGGACACUACCAUAGAGGUGGUAAGACACAGGACACUAGCAUAGAGGUGGUUAGAUAUAGGAAACUAGCAUAGAGGUGGUUAGAUACAGGACACUAGCAUAGAGGUGGUUAGAUGAAGGACACUAGCAUAGAGGUGGUUAGAUACAGGACACUAGAAUAGAGGUGGUAAGACACAGGACACUAGCAUAGAGGUGGUAAGACACAGGACACUAGCACAGAGGUGGUAAGACACAGGACAUUAGCAUAGAGGUGGCUAGAUAAGGACAUUAGAGUAGAGAUGGAUAGAUACAGGACACUACCAUAGAGGUGGUAAGAUACAGGACACUACCAUAGAGGUGGUAAGACACAGGACACUAGCAUAGAGGUGGCUAGAUAAGGACAUUAGAGUAGAGAUGGUUAGAUACAGGACACUACCAUAGAGGUGGUAAGAUACAGGACACUACCAUAGAGGUGGUAAGACACAGGACACUAGCAUAGAGGUGGCUAGAUAAGGACAUUAGAGUAGAGAUAGUUAGAUACAGGACACUACCAUAGAGGUGGUAAGAUACAGGACACUACCAUAGAGGUUGUUAGAUACAGGACAAUACCAUAGAGGUGGUUAGAUACAGGACACUACCAUAGAGUUGGUUAGAUGACGGACACUAGCAUAGAGGUGGUUAGAUACAGGACACUAGCAUCGAGGUGGUUAGAUACAGGACACUAGCAUAGAGGUGGUUAGAUACAGGACACUAGCAUAGAGGUGGUUAGAUACAGGACAAUACCAUAGAGGUGGUUAGAUACAGGACACUACCAUAGAGUUGGUUAGAUGACUGACACUAGCAUAGAGGUGGUUAGAUACAGGACACUAGCAUAGAGGUGGUUAGAUACAGGACACUAGCAUAGAGGUGGUUAGACACAGGACACUAGCAUAGAGGUGGUUAGAUACAGGACACUAGCAUAGAGGUGGUUAGAUACAGGACACAACCAUAGAGGUGGUUAGAUACAGGACACUAGCAUAGAGGUUGUUAGAUACAGGACACUACCAUAGAGGUGGUUAGAUACAGGACACUACCAUAGAGUUGGUUAGAUGACGGACACUAGCAUAGAGGUGGUUAGAUACAGGACACUAGCAUAGAGGUUGUUAGAUACAGGACAAUACCAUAGAGGUGGUUAGAUACAGGACACUACCAUAGAGUUGGUUAGAUGACGGACACUAGCAUAGAGGUGGUUAGAUACAGGACACUAGCAUAGAGGUGGUUAGAUACAGGACACUAGCAUAGAGGUGGUUAGAUACAGGACACUACCAUAGAGGUGGUAAGAUACAGGACA